AUGGAUGAAGUACAAGAUGAUGCGGUGACAGAAUUUCUGAAAAUUCUUGGCAAAGCUGAACACGAAGUCCGAUCAUUGCCUCAAACGAGUGCGGACUUCGAAACAUGCAGCCUACGCUCAACGCUGUGCGGCCAGUUGGAUGCCCAGCUAGGUGCAGCUGUGGACAAAGCCCUCGGUUCGCAAGAGCUUCGGCUCGAUCCCGCCGAUGGUGUUUGCCCUGAUGGUAUCAAUAAGGUUGUGGCGCGGCUAGCGGCGUCUCCGCCUUUCGUCGGCGUGGUCAACAAGGCUCGCGAGGCGAUUGAGCAAGCUGCAGAGGCUCAGCUGGCAGCAGCUACGACUCCUGUUGCCAACGCCACGGGUGACAGUGUUGCUGCGACGGGAGCAGCUGGAGUUGUUCUUCGUCGAAACGUGGAUGCAUUGUCAAGCUCCGACACGGAAAGAGAAGACAUGCGCGUGAAGAAGAAGGCGGCGCGCAGGGAUGAUUGGGUGGGCAUUUUCGACCUGUCCGGGGGGCUUGGGGCGGGCGGAGGAAUUAGCCCUCGUGUGGAUAUCGAGGCCGCGCUAGGUCAACUGGAGACUGGGCUCGGGGGCUCAGGCAGCUCUACCACGAGCUCGGUCGAGGCCCUAGGCUUGCUGGCACAGGCCAAUCCGGAGCUGUUUCAGUUUGGAAACCAUUGGCCUCUCUUCCUGAAACUUGCUAAACGAGCUUUGGAUAGCCCAGAUCCGACAGUUCAUGCGAAGGCUAUGACCCUGCACUGGGUAAUGUACGAGAAGUCCAUGGGCAUGUGCGCGGCGGACAUGUGCGAGGGUGUCCUGGCUCACGCACGGGGGUACUUCUCGAACACGAUCCACGUGCUCUCCGCCCCGUCGGCACACCGGCGCCACAUGCUGGCUGGUGGAAAGGGCGCCGAAACGGCCGAUGUGGGAACUGCCAAUCUCAUGGUCAUCGGGGACUCAAAGCUGGCUUGCGCUGCGCGCAUGUCAAGAGCUCUUCACGGCAUGCUUGUGACGAUCCACGAGACGUUCCAACAUCUGCCGGAGCGGCGCGUUUGGAGCAUUGUCAGUUCCUUCUUUUCUCUAUUAGGCGAUACUGUCGCUUCCUUGGAAGGGGCGCCAGGCGAUCCAACAGGUGAUGGUGCCCCCCCGACCGCCGCAGAUCCUUCCCGCGGAGACCCACCGCUGCUCCUGCUGAUGUCCUUGGUCGAGGAGCUGCUCGAAGAAGAACUGCCUCUCAUGUCAGUAGCCUUGAGGGGAUCGGGGUGGGCGGCGGCCCCUCUCGCGGCGCGAUGGGUUCGCCAGUGCAUGUUGUCCGUCGUUGACUGGCCUGGCGUGGUGGCGUUCCUCGCGCUGUCUUUACUCCGGGGUCACGAUUACCAGGUGUACUUUGUCGUAGCUCUUUUCCGCGCGGCCCAGCCUAGCGUCAUGGAAGCAGCGUCAAAGGGUCUCGACCUCACGGGGCUACUUGGUAGGGGAGAGGCUCUCGAGGCAUUCAAUCUGGAAGAGUCGCUUUCUUUCAUGGAGGCGCUGGAGCGGCGUCAUCGAGGGCGGUGCAUCGCUGCUACUAAGGCGUAUCUCGCUCAGUGUUAGAGGAGGGGUGCAUUGUGUUAGUGCUGGAUACCGAGUGAGAUGGUGGGGCUUUGUCCUAAACGUUCUCGCUUUACGGACGCUCAGGACCGUGUAGGUCUCAAAGAUGUAGGCCAGUGUUCACUUCUUUGUGUACACGUACAACAUGCCCGUGGUACACGAGAAGUACGUGAGUUUGUUGUGUUGUGUGCGCGGCGGCCAAAGCGUGUUUCCUACAUGCAAGACUUGGUAGUCAAGGCCGUACGCCCUAGCCCCCGUUCGUGUCUGGUAACAACGCUUUCAUCAUGGUCGCAAGGGCAAAGCGCGGCCAGUGAAGCCGAGGAACGCGUUUUCUCGGUUGACAGUGGCAGAUGAAAACCUGUAUGUAGUCUCCCUUCUCUACCACGAAUCUUGCCUCACGGGGCGACACAUGAAAUCAACAAGAGGUUUCAGUGUGAAUCGGCGUACAAAGUAUGCCGCCCGAUGCUAUUAUGCGUGCCAUAGGUUGUUGCGGGU